CGCUAAUCUACUGCACCCCCAGCUGGAGACAUGAAUCAUUAAGUGAAAACCAGUUCGGCCUUCCUAAUCUGAAAUCGGCAGUGUCAGACAAAGGAUCCUGUAUUAGGGGCACCCGCCUCAUGACUAGUUCUGGACUAAGCUCCACCCACCUCUGACGGCUUCAGGGAUAGAUAGCUAUGGUGUAUCUCCACAAUCUGGUCUGUGUAAGCGCACAGAAGACGCACUCGUUUUCCUGCCUGUAUUAUCUAUAAUAGAUAAGCGCCCUGAUGAGGAACCUGAGGAUAGAAUGCACGCAUUUAACCAUCAUGUGAGCCACAGCUCAUGCUUCAGAUGAAAACCCCGGAAGCCAUCAUCUCUCUGCUGCCUGGAAAGUGUAUAAUUAGCUCGGUGUGCAGCUUGACCCCAGUGAUUUUUCUGACGCACUUGGCCCUCAGUGUAUGCCCUUUCUGAGACCUCCUGUGUCUUCUCCACAGCUGGAGAUGCCUAAAACUGCACGCAGCACUUCCCGUGGGUGUGGCCUUGCGUUCUUAGGCGCUCCUUGGUGCUGGCUGCUCCCCCGCCCCACCCCUCAAUGGGUCACAAGUUUCAGCUACUCACAGACCCACAGAGCUCUUUGAAAUGGACCAUGAGUGGCUCUAUCAAUUGUAAUUGAGUUUUCCAGUCCCUCCUAUUUCUUUUUAAAAAAUGAUUCUCUGAUGGAGUCUUCUCAAAGAAACACUAUAAUUGGGCAGCCUGGGGCAUGUGGGAAAGCCUCCCGAUGGCGUCAGUCGCUAUUCUCAGGAGAGGAAAGGCAGGGUAUCCCCACUGGGAGAUGACAGCACUUGUUUCAAGUUGGGGAAGAGCCUGUGGUUCUCUUCCUGCGUUUGGAGGGGAAAGCGAACACACAAUGUUCAUUUCCUAAAUACGGGAUGUGCUCUGCUAGCGGUUCAUUUUCCAACAUGUCAUAUCCUGGCUGAAGGCAGCAGGGGUCAGGACAGGAAACGGCCACUUCUCAGAAUGAGACAAGGCUUUCCCAGAGCGGUCAUUGGCUCCUGGGAACUAUAAAGCGCGCUCAUCCAGAAACGGCCACCUACUUUUUUUCCUGGAGGCCAGAGUGAAGGGGCAUGGAGAGGCUGGCGGCCUGGGAGCCGCAGGGCGUGGAUGCGCUGCGGCGCUUCCAAGGACUGCUGCUGGACCGCCGCGGCCGGCUGCACGGCCAAGUGCUGCGCCUGCGCGAAGUGGCCCGGAGGCUGGAGCGGCUCCGCCGGCGCUCCCUGGCGGCCAACGUGGCCGGCAGCUCUCUGAGCGCCGCGGGCGCGGUGGCCGCCAUCGUGGGGCUGUCACUCAGCCCGGUCACCCUGGGGGCCUCGCUCGUGGCCUCGGCCGUGGGCCUGGGGGUGGCCACCGCCGGAGGGGCGGUCACCGUCACGUCCGACCUCUCUCUGAUCUUCUGCAAUUCCCGGGAGGUGCGGAGGGUGCAGGAGAUCGCCGCCACCUGUCAGGACCAGAUGCGCGAGCUCCUGAGCUGCUUGGAGUUCUUCUGUCAGUGGCAGGGCCGCGGGGACCGCCAGCUGCAGCAGAGCGGGAGGGACGCCUCCAUGGCCCUUUACAACUCUGUGUACUUCAUCGUCUUCUUCGGCUCGCGGGGCUUCCUCAUCCCCAGGCGUGCCGAGGGGGCCACCAAAGUCAGCCAGGCCGUGCUGAAGGCCAAGAUUCAGAAACUGUCUGAGAGCCUGGAGUCCUGCACCGGCGCCCUGGAUGAACUUAGUGAGCAGCUGGAGUCCCGGGUCCGGCUCGGCACCAAGGCCGGCCGCGGCCACAACCUCAGGAUCUCCGCUGAUCGGAAUGCAGCGUUGUUUUUCUAAGAACAUCCUUUACCUACACGGGAUGUUCUAGAUCUGUAGCAUCCACGGGGAAGUGCCCAUGGGCGCAGUGCAAAGGAUGACAGACACUGUUCUUCUUGGGAGAUGUUGGUCCUCAACCCCUUUCGUGUGAGGGACUUUUUCACUUGUGGAAUCCCAAUGGAGUAUGUGACCCUAAACCACUCACUUUGAGGGGCGGGGGGCAAAAAUCCUUUUUGACUGUACACAGCUAGGCAGACUCUCCCUUUUUAGAGUUAUGGGGGAGGGGACCUGGAUGGUUUGAGCUGGGGUCUGGAGAGGUGUCCUCCUCUGGGACCUCUGUAAGUUAUUACUAGAAUCCUGAGAUUCUCAAAAGGUUGGCCAGAGGAGACGUUUGCUUUACAGCUUAGCCUCUACAGUUCCUGAUACACAGAACUCCAGAAUCCCAAACAAGAAAGACGCGCUCUUGUCUUGGUGAGGAUUCUAGACACAGACUGGGCCUCGGAGCUGACUCGGUCAGUUUAUCCACUCACAGACCCAGCCUGACUAUUGCAUACUUUUUUUUUUUUUCCAGAGUGGCUUCAAAUCUACACCUGCAGGUACCCUGAGAAGGAAAGCCACCCCAAAAGAGUCACUUGAAUUCAAACCCACCUCCUCUGCUUCCACAAAGAAGCUGAGGGGGAAAAAUGAAGCCCCUAACAAUUUCCAUGGCAGAGAGCAACGGCCGGCCUUUGAGUCAAACAGCCCUCACUAUGGUGUGACCUAGCCACCUCAUCUUGCUGAGACUUGGUUUGUUGUUCAGGGAACCACAGAUAGGGUAGGAGCUCACCCUACUGUGAAUCAGCCUUGAAACAAGAAUGGCAAGCAGAGUCACGAAAUGUGGUUUCUGGCCUGGCUCCUGACUAUCAUCUGGGAGCUUGUUGGAAAGGUAAACUGUUGGGCUUCAACAUAAAUGUUUCAGAUUUGUGAAAUCAGAAACUGUAGAUAUGAGACCCAUCACUGCCUCAUUCUAUUGCCCCAUAACAUUUGAAAAUUGUGGCAAGAAAUAUUCAUUUCUAGCCAGGUGUGGUGGUAUAUACCUGUAAGCUUAGCACUUGGAGAUGGAGGCAGGGGACCAGGACUUCAGGGUCAUCCUUGGCUACAUAGUAAACUCAAGGCCACCCAGGAUUAUAGGACUCUGAUCUCAAGAACCAAAACCAAACCAAACCAGCAAAAAGCUAACCCGACUCCCUUUAAUAGACUUGUUCAAAGUCUCU